AUGUUAGAAUUAAUAAAUUAUUAUGAAUUUCAAUUUCUAUAUUUUUUUCAUAGUUUUUAUUUCCAAAUAAUGCUUUCUUGUAAGAUUCUCUAAUUAAUUAAGGCAAUGAGGAGUACUUCUACAGAAGUAAGAUUUGUGAUGCAACUGAUAAUGUUACUUGUAUGGGGUGUUAGCAUUACUCCUUUGAUGAGAAGAUCAAUUUACCAUACUGGAUGGCUAGUAUGUAGUUUAUUUAAUGGAUAGUUCACAUUUUAUAAGUUUUUGUAGUGGCAUUAUCUUCAUUAGUAGGAUUGGGAGCAGAAAUCCAAAAAACCUCUAUAUUGAUGGCCUUAUUACAUUACAACGAAUAUGAAGCAACUAAUAUUACAUAGUACCCAUUUCAGAUUUAUUAGUUAUGUUUCUAUUGUGUCAAGUUCUAUCUAUCUGUUAUUUCUCUAUUGUUAAAAUGAAAUCGACCUUAUUGAUGUGCAGGCUGCUUAGCUAUUUUUCCCAUUUAUUGUAAUUUUUACCGACCUUGGAAAUUAUUUUAACAGAGCCUUCUAUGAUUAAAUAAUAGUGUUGAUCACGAUUGGCUUAGAAUAUAUUUGGAUAAUAUUAUUAACAUUAAAAUAUGAUAGAUCAAGAAGUCACGAAAUUGAAUCAAAGAGGAAGGAGAUUACUUGGGAUGAAAACUUAAUUAAUAACCCCCAGAGAACCUAAUCUUAUUUGAGCCUCAUUCAGUAACCUACCAAUGAAAAAAAUUUGAAAUGUGCCCUUAUGGAGAUUGUAGUUUUAUAAUUUUUCUUGCAACUAUUGCUCCUUGUAUUACGAGGAGGCAAUAAGCUGCAAUUAAUUACAUUCGAAUAUAGUGGUCUAUGGUAUUGGAUAUCUACCAUAAGUAUUUAUAUAUUAGGAACAUUAAUUCUAUGUUAUCUUUACAGUAAGUAAGCGAAUGAUUAUCAGCAACACAUGCAUAAUGAUCCAAAUUUUUAUUAGAUUAGGCCUUUGAAUUAAAGUCUAUUAUUGAUUUCGAUUGCAUUGAUUUCGUUUUUCUUUAGUGGAACUGCUGGAGUUGGGGCGGGGUUAAUUUUAAUUCCCUGUUGCAUUCUAAUCUAAAGAUUCCGAAUGGGGAUCUUAAAGGCUAUCAGAACAAUGAUUUUUGUGCAAUUUUUGAUUGAUCUAUGUGUGAUUGGACAAACUUUGGAAAGUAAUGAGAUUUAAGAUAUGCAUAGAUUAUAAUUCUGUAUAAAUUAAAGACCAAUUAUUUUACAUGGCAAUUGGAUUUGUAUCUUCCAUUUUUACUAUUAUUUUACACAUAAAAUUUAAAAAAGAAUAGAGCUAGCUCAUAUUAAUUAUCUUUAUUAUUGGACUAUUUGCUUUUGAUUUUACUUUGGGAAUCUAUUAAGCCUACACAUUUAAGAGUCCGAUUAAGGGAAAUCCUUAUUUCUCAAUUUCUAUUGAUGAUUGUUCUGUGGAUUGUUAAUUUUAAGAAUGA